CACAAGUCCAUGGAGAAGAUUUUUUCAUUCUCAGCUCAGGCCAACAAGAUGGGUGAUACUGAAACACUCAAUCAUUUUAAUUCAACCAUAUUAAGUUACGUGUUUUUUUGUUUAGUAAUCACAUUUCAUGAAUUUUGUUCUUCUUUUUCUUCGUUUUUUCGAGCCAUUCUUUUGGUUUUUAGUACUCCAUAUAAUAAGAAUGCUGAAACUUCAUCAAAUGCGAAUGUGAUCAAUAGUGAGAGGUUAUUAGACGAGGAUGUUGAGUUAGUAUUCGACACACUAAUAAAUUUUUGCAACCAAAAUGGGGAUAAGAAUAUUGAUGAGGUAGAAUUGGUUGAGGUUUUCGAUUCAUUUGAAAAAACAGAGCCUAGUUUGGAGGAAGUUAAAGAAGCAUUUGAUGUGUUUGAUGAAAAUGGAGAUGGCUACAUUGAUGCAAAUGAAUUAAAGAAAGUCAUUUCCAAGAUGGGGUUCUUGGAGUUAUCUGUGUUGGAUUGCAAGAGGAUGAUUGCACCAUUUGAUGAAAACAGAGAUGGAAAAAUUGAUUUUGGUGAAUUUGUGAAGCUCAUGGAGCAUAUCUUUCAAUGACUCUGCAUUAUUCAUUUUCAUGUUUAUGUUUUGUAAUUACUCUUUUCAAUGCUAAUUAAUAAAACUACUUGCCAAAUUUCAAGAAA